AUGGAAUAUAGAAACUAUUAUUUCUACUUUCUACUGGCUUUAUGCCUCUCAUGUCCAUAUUCUAAUUUGUUUGCACAAGAUUUACCAUACAAAGCUGUGAAUCUUGGAAACUGGCUUUUGACAGAAGGGUGGAUGCUACCUUCUCUCUUUGAUGGAAUUCUCAACAAAGAUCUCUUGGAUGGAACUCAAGUACAACUUUUGUCCACAAAGUUUCAAACAUAUCUUAGUGCCGAAAAUGGAGGAGGAGAUGUUAUCGUUGCCAACCGCGGUUCAGCUUCGGGUUGGGAAACAUUUAGACUUUGGAGGGUCAAUGACUCAUCCUUUAAUUUUAGAGUGUUCAACAAGCAAUUUGUGGGGCUAAAUAAUCAAGGAGGCAACAAAAUUUUCGCAGUUUUGGAUUCACCUAGCAACCAAGAAACAUUUCAGAUUAUAAGAAACAAUGACGAUCCACUCAAAAUUCGAAUCAAAGCAUCAAAUGGCCUAUUUUUGCAGAAGAUGAUUUCAUAUUCAUCUCAAGAUACAAACCCGCCUAAGCCUUUUGUUGGAGGAUCGUUAGCCGCACUAGACAAUGCUUUCACAUGGGCUCAAAACCAUGGGAUGAAAGGAACAAGAGAUGGAUAUUUAGAAUGGGGUGAUUCAUAUUUCAUACAUACCUCGGACAGUCUUUGUCAUAGAAUUCUUGGCGAAAAGAUAUGGUAA